CAUGCUGGGAAAAGUGACGCAUCCAGCAUGGCGGCUUACACGGAACAAGAUGGAAAGACAGCCAGCUCCUUGGAUGUGGAUCUAUUAUUGCACCCUGAGCUGAUGUCCCCAGAGUUUUUGCAGCUUGUCUUGUGUGGGAAAAACGUCAGCACCAGAGGCUGUGAUAGUCGGGACCGGCUCACAGAGCUUUACCUGCAGCAUGUCAUCCCGCUGCCGCAGAGGAGACUACCGGACAGCCGCUGGGGGAGGAGGAUGGAGAAGAGCCGAGGGAGGCAGUCCUCAGCCGGGCACAGUAACGACCACAGCAGGAAACGGCCUCUGAUCGUGUUUGAUGGCACUUCCUCUCACUCUGGCCCGCUGAAAGUAAAGAAACCAGAGGGAACCGCCGUGUCACUGGGAGUCUCUGACAGGUUAAAACCUCCUCCUGCUCUGAACCUGUCCAACCCCAUCCGCAAGAUAUCAAUAAACACAUCCUCCUCUUCCUCUUCAUCAUCCAGUCUUUGUAGCACUGACACAGCACAUCUCAAACGCGAGGCAAACAGCAAGGAUGAAAUGCAUUCUCCAGAAUCGAAGAAAAAGAUCAACCAUGUGACGUGGCCCUGACCUCUGACCCCUGUUACCACAGACCUGAUGGGAGCUCACACUCUGAAGGACAGACCGCUCUGCUCCCAACAAAUGCUGUGGUCCAGUAUCUGUGCUCUCCCAUCACAGUCAUCCCACUAAUCACAAAAGAAUUCCUCUAUGCCCUUCAUGUGUCACAGCCUUCAGUCCUGAGAGCUGACAGGUAGGCCGGUGCUCUGAAGACCCUCCAGCUUCUGAUGUCAAACGUUUCCUUGUUGCUUUCCACAACCUCAAGUGCUCUUACCAUCCGUUAUCAGCAACUCUCAUCAAGUCCAUCAAUUGAAGACCUUCUAGAGGACAAAACAAGUAACAUGACUUUUGUUUUCUGAAAUAACAUUCAUGGAAGUUAUAAUUGUUGUUAUUUAGUUUUGGUUUUGAUCAGAAAGCUUCCAGUACUGCUUUGAAAGGGGUACACGUGAGUGUGUAAUGAGUUGAAUUUAAUCACCACAACUAUUUAGAAAUGUUUGCUUGCACCAGUUAUCAUUGUUAUUGAGAAAAAAAGGUGCAAACCAUCUGAUGCAGCGAUGGUGCUCUUGCAAAAUACAAGAUAACAGAAGAGAGAAUUGAUAUCCUAUGAAUGACAUAUAACAGGCACACAGUCCACAUCCGGCAAGUUAAACUAUAAUGUUGUUGUUGUGCUGUCGCAAAGACUACUGGAUUGCUUUCCGUAUCCUACUACUAUCGACACAUUUAGGUCUCCCUUGAAAAAGAGAUUGUUGAUCUCAAUGGGAUUUUCACCUGGUUAAAUAAAGGCCACAAACAAACAAACAAUUUAGCAACUUAUGAAGACCAUUAGGUAGAAACCAAGACCUAUAUUCCAAUAUGUUCUGUUUUUAAUUAACUCCCAAUGCUGCUUGGAGUAAUCGAAGUGCACGUACUUCUGCCAACAGCCUAACAACCAAUAUGCAGAUCAGUGUUUGCCGUCAUCCUAAGCUAGUGCUAGAUAGUAAAAGAGGGCUUCUCUGCAUUUAGUUUUACCCGGUAACUUUGGUUGUUUCACCGUCAACUUCUACACUACUGCGGAUAGUAACUGCAAACAUCUACCAUUGGUACUAUUUGGUAACUGGAGUUAGCAAACGAUAGAAUAUGUGGUGCUAUCCUUUUACUGUUCUUUGACCAAUAGUUGAAGAUCUUUGUUUUAGCUGUAAAUUGGCCUUUAUUUUGAUUGGAUGGCACUUGGUGGCAGACAGAAAGGGCUUUUAGAAGAAUCUAAAUAUCUAAACACUGAUGGAGUCAUCACUCUAUACAAAUUCAAUUGUGGAAUUAACAUUUACUUAUCAUUAUGGUGAUAAGGGAAAGCAAAAACAUGUGUGUUGCCAUCUUAACUGGAACUGGGGGAAUAAACAGAUAAUGUGGGACACUUCAGAAGGUGUGUGUGAUCAGGUACUAAAUGUAUUUCUUCUCAAUGAGCGCCUCUCCAACCAUGUUUGGCUUUAUUUAAAUCUCAGUGCUGUAAUACAAGAUGUUCAGGGUUUUGACUCUAGUGUGAUAUUGUACAUAUGUUGCACUUAACAUCUGAGGUACAAUAAUUUUCUAAUCGUCUCGAUAGUAAUCCGCUGCUAAGAAAUGUUCACAUGUUUCAAUAUCAUGUUUUAAUAAUUCAACAAAAGAAAGGAAUAUGGAUUCAAGCAGCAAUAUUGUCUUUUUGAAGUAUAUUUAUUUAGAAUUGUAGAUACAAGAGUCACACAGCAUUUUUAGUCCAUCGUCAAAAAGUGUCAUGUUUGUACUAACGGUUUUUAAAAUAAAUGUCUCGAUACAAUGAAUAUUUUCUUGAUUCUAAUAAUAGAAAAUCUGCAGCUUUGUGACUCAUGUCUGAUAUGCCGGUAUGAUAACAUAUACAGUACUUACCUUACUCUUAAACUAACCUUGUGGUAAAGAAUAUUAAAUUCCUUUUAAGACGUCUAAGACUCGCCAAUCUUGCAUAGGUUUUGUAUUAAAAGAGUUGCUUAAAUAAACCCUUUUUUGUGUGAAAUACAUGUGAUUUCGUGCACUGCUGCAGUAA